CCCCGCUCCGCACACUCACUCACCCCCGUCCCCCGCCUGCGGCACCCGGCGGGCGGGCAGCGCCCGCCGCCCCGUCCCGCCGCCGCGGCGCGGGCAGUGCCUCCGAAGUCCCCACGCACACCCGCCCUCCUCUCCAUGCCCCGGCCCCGGGGGGGCGGCGGCGGCGAGCUCCUGUGCCUCCGCGGGCGCGGCUACCACGCCGGGGGCGGCGCGGCCCCGGCCCCCGGGGCGUGAAGGCGGGCGGGGGGGUGCGGGCGCGGGGCAGGCGGCGAGGGGCCGGCAGCGGCCCGGGGCGCAGCGCCGGGGCUCCGCCGCCCCGCCGGGUGGAUGCCAAGCGCUGCCCCGCCGGCCGCCGCCGCGCCGCCGUCGCGGGACCCAGCCAGCGGGAGAGAGAGGCCGGCGGCGGCCCCGCAGCGCGGCGCCCGCCCGCUCGGCAGCACCAUGAAGGCGGCGGAGGAAGAACACUAUAAUUAUACAUCUUCAAACGUAAAUGCUGGCUUGCCUCUAAAUGUGGCACAUUCCUCAUUGUCAACUCCAUGUCAUGGUCUUCAGACAUCAAAUCCUGUCAUUUCAGUUGUCCCGUCGACAAACCAUCCUUCUGGAUAUGGAGGACACAUUGACAGCGGGGCCUCCGAGUACUACCUGCCGCCAAACAUCAGACCUAACGGAGCUCCAGCGCUGGAGAGCCCUAGAAUUGAGAUCACGUCUUACAUGGGACUUCAUCAUAACAACAACCAGUUUUUCCAUGAUGAGGUUGAGGAGGCCAUCCCAAACGCCAAGCGGUCACCUUCCACUGCCACUUUGAACUUACCGAACAUCGAGGCGUACAGAGACCCAUCCUGCCUGAGUCCAGCGAGUAGCUUGUCUUCCAGAAGCUGCAACUCCGAAGCGUCUUCCUAUGAGUCUAACUACUCGUAUCCGUACACUUCACCGCAGACCUCUCCAUGGCAGUCCCCAUGUGUCUCUCCGAAGACCACCGACACAGAGGAGGGCUACCAGCGCAGCAUGGUGGCCUGCACUUUGCUCAGUUCCCCGAGGCACUCUCCAUCGACAUCUCCCAGGACGAGCAUCACGGAGGAGAACUGGAUGGGGGCUCGCAACUCCAGGCCUCCGUCACCCUGCAACAAGAGAAAGUACAGCCUCAAUGGCCGGCAGACCUCCUACUCCCCGCACCACUCACCCACCCCUUCUCCACAAAACUCACCACGGGUGAGUGUCACAGAUGAGACGUGGCUGGGGAACACCAAUCAGUACACCAGCUCCGCCAUCGUUGCUGCCAUCAACGCCCUCACCACCGAUAGCACCAUAGAUAUGAACGACGGUAUUCCCAUCAAGUCGAGGAAGACCGCUAUCGACCACACCCCGUCCAUGACUCUCAAAACUGAACCGGCUGGCGAGGAUCACGGGACCAUAUCGCCAACUGCCGAUUUGUCACCAGAAGACUUCUCCAGCUUUCAGCACAUCAGGAAAGGAAACUUCUGCGAGCAGUACCUGUCUGUGCCACAGCAUCCCUACCAGUGGGCCAAACCAAAGUCUCUGUCUCCGACAUCCUACCUGAGCCCAUCCCUGCCUGCCCUUGAUUGGCAGCUGCCAUCUCACUCAGGACCUUAUGAACUGCGUAUCGAAGUGCAGCCGAAAUCCCACCACCGAGCUCAUUACGAGACGGAAGGCAGUCGAGGGGCUGUGAAGGCAUCUGCGGGGGGCCACCCUGUUGUGCAGCUACACGGUUACUUAGAAAGCGAGCCGCUCACACUACAGCUGUUCAUUGGGACUGCAGACGACCGCCUGCUGCGACCCCAUGCUUUCUACCAGGUUCAUCGAAUCACCGGGAAGACCGUUUCCACCACCAGCCACGAAACAAUACUUUCCAACACCAAAGUCCUGGAAAUUCCACUUCUUCCAGAGAAUAACAUGAGAGCAAUCAUCGACUGUGCUGGGAUAUUAAAGCUCCGAAACUCUGACAUCGAGCUGCGCAAGGGAGAGACAGACAUUGGUCGGAAGAACACACGUGUGCGGCUGGUCUUCAGGGUUCAUAUCCCGCAGGCGAACGGCAGGACCCUGUCCUUGCAAGUAGCCUCCAACCCCAUCGAGUGCUCUCAGAGAUCUGCCCAAGAACUGCCUCUGGUGGAGAAGCAAAGUACUGACAGCUUUCCUGUUAUUGGAGGGAAAAAAAUGAUACUGACUGGCCAUAACUUUCUGCAAGACUCCAAAGUCAUCUUUGUGGAGAAAGCACCAGAUGGUCACCAUGUGUGGGAAAUGGAAGCCAAAACCGACAAAGAAAUGUGCAAGCCAAAUUCAUUGGUGGUUGAGAUACCACCUUUCCGCAAUCAGAGAAUUACCAGCCCUGUUCAGGUUAACUUCUAUGUCUGCAACGGAAAAAGAAAGAGAAGCCAGUACCAGCUUUUCACCUAUCUUCCUGCUAAUGUUCCAAUUAUAAAAACAGAACCCACAGAUGACUAUGAGCCUGCUCAAACCUGUGGACCAAUGAACCAAGGCUUAAGCCCUCUCUCUAAACCAUACUACAGCCAGCAGAUCAUGAUGCCCCCUGAUCCUGGUUCGUGCCUCAUGGCUGGCUUUGCCUCCUGUCAGCAGAGAAAUGCUGUGAUGUCACCCUCUCCCAACGCAAGCCCCAAGCUGCACGACCUUUCAUCCUCUCCUUACAAGUGCAUCCCCAACCCAGGCCACAGUCACCUCGGACUUCAGCAGCCCACUGGAGGUGUCCCCACCAUACAGGAAGUGCCAAGGUCUAUAGUUGUGCACCCAAGCUCCCCCGAGCAAUCAUCUCACAUCAUGCUGCAGCCGCAGGUGAGUCAACAUCUGAGCAGUAGCUGUCCCCUUGGUUAUCAACAAACACUCUAUCCCAACAGUCCCUCUUCUCCAGUUCCAUCUGUUACCCAAGAGCCAACCUAUUUGCAGUCCUGCAGUCCAACUCACUCAUCCAUAAUGGGUCAACAGCAGCAGCAACUGCCGAAGGUUCACAGAAAUGAGUCUCCAACAACCCAACCACUGUCAUUGCCAGAGUUGCAUGAGGAAAGUAAUCAUAAUUUGGCCCCUAUUCCUGUAACGAUCAAGCGAGAACCUGAGGAAUUGGACCAGAUGUACCUGGAUGAUGUAAAUGAAAUUAUAAGGAAUGACCUUUCCAGUACCAAUGUCCAUUCAUAGCUUUCAAUACAGGCCACACACACUUUCGACUUAGCUGGCGUGUCAGCUCGUGUAGAGAGAUACCGAAUAAACUGAAGUCGUUGCCUGGUACCACUCUGAUCUUCCACCUUACUGAAUGUCAGGAACUGAAGAUUUACCUCUUGCUUACAGAGAAGUAGCUCCUCAACUUCAACUGAUGAAACAGCUUCUUUAAAGAAAAUCAUCUCAAAAGAAAGAGGAGGGAGUACGCUCCGAGACGGCGCAUUUCAUGGGACAAAACUAGGAAACUCAGCAAAAUCUGAGUGCUUCUUCCCAGUGCUGAUCUUUUUUGGCAUGGCACGCUGGAAUACAGCCCUGGAAGUGCCUUAUUUUACCAGGUUGUGGCAUCAGGGCAUUUUUAAUAAGCUUUGAAUUUGCUACCAUUAAAAGUGUUGGUAGGUGCAGAAACUAUAGAGCUUGCAUUCUGGAGAGUGAUAUUGGAAAAAAAGCAUAGGACUCUGCAGCAGAGUAGGGAGAGCAAUCCCUGCUCCAGUAAGAUGUGUUUAUGAAUUCCAGAAUUUCUUCAGCUUUUCCUCUGCUGUAAUGUACAGCCUAUUGCCUUAUUCUCAGUGCGUUUCAAAAGCCUCCUGAUUUGUCAUCAUCUCAGCUUUCUUUUGCAUAUUGUUUUUAUUAUGUGCUAAUAAAUCAUAGGGUUGUUAGUAGUAGCAUGUUAAGAUUUUGAUUUUAAUCCAGCUUCAGUCAUAGCACAAGUGAGUUGAAUAGCACAAAAUAAAAAAGGUUGAUGGACAAAAAAUUGAAAUCUAUCUUUUACAUGAUAGAUGAAUGUGUAUGCAUGUACAUACAUACUAGUAUAUAUGCAUAUAUUUAUAUAUGACAAAUAAUAUAGAUGAUUGCCUAGUGAGGGCACUGAAUUUAGCAAUAAUUUCAAUUUCUGAGAAUGCAUUUCAGAUCCACAACAAAUACUUCAGCUACUUCUUUUGAGGGUUUGCUGCACCUAAAGCAGGUAUGCAUUUUCUUUCCUCAUGCAGUUAAGCAAGCACUUUAGAUAGGCAAGAAGGAUGCAUACAAGAUACAUGUUAUUUACCAAAUGACAAAAUAUGAGUUAUAGUAACUGUAAAUACCAGUAUGGAAGAGUGUAAAAUAUUUGUUCAGUUAUAAUGUUAUUAUUCCGCAGAAGCCUUAUAACUCUCCGCUACAUGUAUGAAGAAGAAUAUUACCAAAAAACCACAAAGGUUUAAUAUGCAGCGCUGUAUAGUGUGUUUUCAGAUUAGCUAAUGUUUCUGGAGCUACAGGUAGGCAUGUAGUGUAGCCUUUAACAUUGUAAUUUUUACAAUCAAGUGCUUAUUAUAUAACUAGCAACAACCUAUUAUUUCAUAUAACCAAAAAAAUAAAAACAAAACAAAAACAAAAUAGCAUGACUUAAAUUAAAAAUAUUUAACAUUAAUAUUGUGCCUUAGGAAUCUGUGCCCCCUUCUGGAAAUACACCUGAACUACACCUCCGUGCUGGGGUGGCUCCUUAACCCUAAUGCAAUGAAGAUUGAACAGGUUUCACAAAAAGGUGAAAUCCUCCUAAGCGUUAUAAAACAUUAUUCUGUAUAAUUAUGUCUUACUUUCUUUAGGAAAAAAAAAAACAAACCAGAAAGCCAUAUUUGUCACAUUUGCACAUUACUGUGAAGACAUGAGAAUAUAAUAUGGCUAUAUGUACAUAAUACGCUGUUACUGGUCCUUAUAAUAACCUGUUUAAUCCUAGUUAUUUACCCUGUAUUUAGCAUUGUAGACAUUGCAUGAAACAUUUCUUAUAGACUGCCAUAUGAAAAGUUAAAAAGCUUGACAGAUGUCAGCUUGACUUGUAGCUAGAAAAUAGAACCAAUAAAGCAAAAUGUUUUGCUGGAAGCUAGUCUUAGAGUGGUUCAUUUUAUGUUAUCUUGACAAAUCUUCCUUUCUCAUAUAAAAUAAGCAUUUUUACAUUAUAUACAUAUAUAUAUAUAAAAACAUAUAUCUCCAUCUCUUCUAUUUGAAGCUGUUUGCAUCCUGCUGCAUCCUGCUAAUAUAACCAUCUUAGUAUGGAAGUAAAGUCUCUUGUCAGCCAGACUCUUCUUCAUUUCCCCCUUGCAUUUAAAGUCGUUGCUGCCAAGGAGAGAAAAUGAUAUACGAUAUAAUUCUCAGAUUUUAUUCUCUCAGUAUUUCAGAAAUGUCAACAAAGUGUGCGUGGAGGAAUCUCUGGUUAUGCCAAAGCAUAUUUUUAUUCAUAUACAUAAAUACCUUGGGUGAGGCUUUUACGAUACAGGACAAUGAUACACACACACACACACACACCCCCUCCACAUGUUCACAUUUCAGCAGUAAUUUUAGCAAAGUUUUCAACUGUAUGGUUUGGAUAUGUUGCACCUCCUUCAUCCUUAUUUUUAUUUUCCUCAAGCUAUUUUGGAAAAAAACCCCACCAAUCUGUUACUUUUAAGCCUGGAUAAUGGAAGAUUAUGCAUCUCUUGUAUAUGUAUUCAUAAAAUAAAAACGAAAGCA